AUAUACAUAUAUUAUUUUCUCGCAACAUUGUGGUUGAAUGAAUUAAAAUUAACUAGUGCCAUAUAUUCAAUGAAAAAACGUGUGGUGUUGUUAACAUUUAUUUUUUCAUUGUAUGUUUUAACAUUUAAGUCAGAAAAUAGAAUUGAUAAAUGAAAUGGCAGCUUCUUUUCAAUGUAAACUCAAAUAUAUUACUGUAUUUUUAUGUGCGCGUAGUAAAUUGAUUUAAAAUUGAAAAGUAUUUCUAAAUUAAGAGAUAACUAAUAUCUAAGUUAUUAUUUCGAUAAGAUAAAUCAGUUAUUUUCUGUGUAGAUUUAUUUAAAUAUUAAAAUAUGAAAAUGGUUUACAUGUUCAUUAAGAGAGUUCAUUACAAAAAAUAAUUAUCUUCGAAAAUGGGUCCGAUUUUUAAAAAUUUGGAAAAAUUCCGAUAAAUUGUUUAAUCGUUAUAAAGCGACCUCAUUCGGCAAUUCAAGAAACAUUUAAAUUACCACAUAUAAAACAUAACCACAAACAAAAGUUUCGAUUAAUCUCGUUUUAAAUGUCCAUUAGUACGUUUUUAUCAUCGUGUAACGAUAUUUUAAUGAUGAUUUUAUCUCAUGUAUAUCUGUAUAAAUUGUGGAACUGAAACAGAGGAACUUUAUAGACGAUAUUGUCCAAGCGUGCUUAAAGUUUUGAAAUGUAUCAAAUGCGGAUUAUUAGCUGACAAAUACAUCGAAUAUGAUCCUGUUAUUGUAUUUGUUGAUCUUAUUUUAUUAGAGAAACAAGCCUAUCAGCAUCUUUUAUAUAACAGUAAUUUUAAAUCAUAUUGGAAGUUGAUGGUAAUGUUAUGGUUGGCUGAAGCCUUCAGAGCUUGGUCUUUUUGUGAAUCUUUUAAUAGUCAAAAAACCAAUAUAGAUGUAGGCAAUAGAGAUGUAUUUCAAGGAGACUGUAACUUUUAUAUUCUGCUAUUACAAACUGCCAUUACAUUGACAGUAUUUAUUGCUACUGUAAUUAUUGUAACUGAAUUACGUUGGUUGCUUAGCAGAAAAAAGCCACACAAGUAUAAUGCCAAAGAUUUAACUAGAGCACUUAUCGUGGGAGGAUGUUCAAAGUUGUUAGGAUUAUUAGCUAUCAUAUGGGAACCAAUAGAAUUAGAUCUACAUUACAUAUUUGUUCAGGGCUAUACAGUUUUAUGCCUUAUGACAGCAUAUUCAGUUGUCUGUAAGACUGGGAAAACUGGAUCUUUGAUUGGAUUGAUCACUGGAUUUUUGGUUUGCAAUUACAUUUCUAAUUUUGUUUCUACAUUGCCUUUGUGUCCAACAUUAUUCUAAUGUAAGGAUCGAUCUAAUAACGGAUUUUGAUGCUCAGGCAUCCUUGACAGGAAGAAUACUCCAUCCUACUACUAAUCUAUCAAAUCCACAGGAAAAUAAAUUACAAAUACUACUACUAUCUUCUGCCCAUGCUACAGAACAGACCAUUCUGCGAUGUCCCUAAAAUAGUAAUUUUAAUAGUAUAUUAUUAUAUUUUAUGAUAGAUUUGUUUUUAAAAUAAUUUGUAAUUUUCUAUGUUGUAUAAUUUUGCAAUAUUUAAAAAUAUAAACGGACAUGAUAUAUAA